AUGAUGAACUUUAGGCUUGUUACCUGCAUUAUAGUAGCUACAUGGGCGGUGGUGGCGGUGAACGGCGCAAAACACUAUCCUAAUUCACCGUCGUCACAACCACCAGUACUAGCGCCGGCACCAUCUGCGGGCUGUGAUACUCUCAUAUUCGAAAUGGUGGACUGUUUGUCUUUUCUGAGCAAUGGUGGCAAUGAAACAGUACCCGAGGCCUCGUGCUGUGAUGGGUUUAAGGUGGUUUUAGACACUGAUUCUGAGUGUAUUUGUGAAGCCUUGAAGAGUAGUGCUGAUUUGGGUGUCUCUGUGAACAUGACAAAGGCCGCGGCUUUGCCUUCUGAUUGUGGAGUCUCGGCUCCUCCCCUUAGUAGCUUCUCCAGUGCUCCUGGUGCUGCUCCUGGUAUGUCUAAUCCUCCAACAGUGAAUGCUCCACCUCCAGAGUCUCCAGCUCUGCCUCCAACCGCCAGUGCUCCACCUCCAAAGUCUACGAAUCCUCCAGUGCCGUCUCCAACUGUCAAUCCUUCAACUCCAGCACCAUCUAUUCUCCCUAGAGGAGGGGCGGCUCCUGCACAAUCCCCUGCAAACUCCGGAGCUUAUACCACCUUUGCUUCCUUGGCAGUCCUUAUCAGUGUGGCAUUUGCUACUUGCAUCUUUGUUUUAGCAUGA